AGGAGUUGUUCGAGAGAUCACGAUCAGUUGUUGUUCGAGUGAUCUAUUCUGUACUAGUACUACAUCUAACGAUUUUAAUUUUAUGAUUAUUUUGAUCAUCUUCUAAGUAGAAGUACACCAAACGAAAAAAUGACGAGUUCUUGCAGUUCUUCAACUUUGUUCUCGCAGCCUGUGGCGAUGGGUGAUCGACCGCAAUCCGACAGGAGAGCGCUCGACGAGCAAAGGAAAUGCAACACUGCCGGUCGGCGAUGUAAAAUUGGCGCGAGAACAAGCUCAAGAAGAGCCGCGCAGUGUCAUCGGGAGGUAAACAAGAAUGCAUCAUCAAAAAUAUCGCCCAAAAAGAUAGCUUCCACGGGUCAUUUACUCCUUCUCUUCUCAACUUCCACCUGCAUAAACACGCAAAAAUCCUUUGUCUCCGCCGAACUCGUGAAAGCAGGAAACCCGAUGUACACGUUGCAGUCACCAGAAAAGCAGACAAUGACGAAUCUGAUCGACUGCUUUACAGACGAUGAGCAGCACUUAGCGGAUUCGGAAUGGUGUCUGGAGACGGUUUAUCAGGCCUCCAAAAGCAGUCCCGGUAUCGAAGAUUUGGUUAUUGGCGUAAACGAGACCAUGCUCACGUGCAAGGUAACUGGUGGGGAAAAAGUGCAGAAACGGGGCUGCGAGGCGAUGACGACGCUGUCGUUCGAUCUGAUUUCGAUUUAUGAGGCUGUCUGAAUGUGAAUUCCCAUUCCUUCGACGUAUAAUAUGAUAAAAAAUAUGACGUAUAAUAAAAAAUAUGAAAUUCAAAAUGAACUACAAGUACAACCUUCGACAAAAUGUGAAAAAAUUCAAAAUGAACUAAAACCUUCACUUUAGCAGGUGCUCGCCCCAAGCACUUCUUCUAUUCUCUAAUUUCCGGCCCUCGGCUAUAUGAUUUUAUGUGGUUCCGAUGAUGACAAGUACCAGCAAAAUGUUGUAUCCGUCUACGGCGAUGCGAUUGGCUGUGGCCCUUUCCUCAACGUUGUGGCCAACAACAUCCGGUCGAGGAUGGAAAAAGCUGAAGAGCGGUUCUACCUGUCGCCUCUCCGGUGGUACGUGAGUGAACAGGUCAUGCGGUACAGAAAAACCUACGUGGUUACGGCUUCCUUGACACAAUUCAUUUUCAGCGCUCUUUGCUUCUCUUCUGUUUGGCCCUUCUUGAGGUUGUGAAGAAAUGAAUUGAAGGCAAGGAGUGAAGAAGAAUUGCGUGGAACUACUCUAAUGUAGAAGGUUUAUUGGAAAAGCAAGAGGCGUCACCUGGAAACUUGAUUCCGCCAUCAAGCUUUUGGCGACUGAGUGUGAAUGUGGUGAAUGAUAUCUCCCAAUGGGUCAGAUGGAACGCUUGGCAAGUGAACCAUUUUUUGUGGGUACAAUACUGGAUUACAUGUGGGUACAAUACUAGAUUAGUUACAUGUGGAUACUUACAAUACUGGAUUACAACACUUUGAAAGAAAUUGAAAUUGAUUGAGCAGCAGGAUCAUGCACAUGCUUCAACACCCCCUCUGCUACUCACAGGUCCAAGACGUGAUCGAGGCUUCUCAAGUUGUGCAUACCACUUGGGGCAACGCCAGACGUUGGGACAGUCUUGGCGCUCACGAUGCUAAUAACACCUACAACCUAACGGGUCCAAAACCCCGAUUCUUCUUCUCUGAAAAAUUUGGCAUGCGGUGGGAAAUCGUCAACGGCUUACUCGAAGAAUACGGGUUGGAGGAGCUUCGGGUAGUAGAGGUCGGCGUGUUUGCAGGACAUUUCUCGAAGUUUUUGCUUGAGAAAUUCCCCAAGAUGCAAUUGAUCGGUAUUGAUCCGUAUAUUUAAGGCUACUGCUUCUGCUAAUAGGCAUCGAUUAAGACGAGUAUGCUCUAUAGGCAUCGAUCCCUUAUAUAGGGAAUACAGGCAUCGAUCCCUCAAGGACAGAAGUAUGCUCCCCAAUACAAGGGGAACACUUAGACGCAUACGCUUGAGGGAUUUCCACAGGGAUGAAUUAGGGAGAGGUCUAAUAUAUUGGCACAGAUGAGACGUUUCCGGGAGACUACAGCCAGACCUUGGAUCCGGCUGUGGCGUAUGGGAAUGCUUUGUCGAUUUACGAGGAGUCUGGACCAGGACGGGCGACCUUGUGGGCGACGACGUCGUUGGAAGCGGUACUGACUUGAACUUUUUUUCUUCCCCUGUUCGUUGCUCAUUUUUUCCAUUUCGUUUAGAUUGGGAUCAUUUGGCACGACCACACCAUUUACCAUUUAGUUUAAGGUCAUUUCCUAUUCGCACCAUCAAAAUCAAAUAUGAAACAGGUAAAAAACGUUCCCGACCAGAGUAUCCAUGCGGUAUUUGUUGACGGCUGCCACUUUUACAACUGCGUUGAGGAAGACUUACGUCUCUGGUUGCCCAAAAUCGUGCCUGGUGGGUUAGUCCUGGGACACGACUUCAGCCCACAGUGGCCUGGUGUAGUUCGUGCUGUUUGGGAGAUGAGACCCAAUAAACGCGUUUUCCUCGCUAUGGACUGGAUGUACUGGUGGCAGGUGGAUGAAGACGAUGUAAACGUCUUGGAGGAAAUUUAUUUAAGGCUUCUCCUACUCCUAAUUCAUCUUGUAAUCCAUCAUCUGGGAGCUUUCUCACGAGGAAGGGGAAAACAUCUCCAAGAUGAUUGACAAGGAAGAUGAAGCUUGGAAUGACUUCUAAUACACAAAAAGAAGGAAAACGGGACCGCGAGCUUGACUGGGGAAUUAUGAUGAAGAGUAACGUUGUCGUUGAUGUUGUUGUGCUUGUGGUGCUAGAAGUAGAAGAAGCACUGGCAGCACUGUACCUGUUUUGUUCACAGAUGGACUGAAAAAAGAACGGACUUCAUGUUUGUCUUUUCAUAGAAGAUCGUGUAGAAAUAGAAGGGAACUCAAGACACGAAUUCAUUCAUUCAUUUGCGAACCACGUGACAACUCAAGACACGAAGUCGAAGUUGUAAGUGCAAGAAAGUUUUAGAUUUCGUCCUCCUGUCAUUGUCUCCAACAUGCUCAAUUUUCUUGAACAUGGAAGAACAAGAAGGUCUCAGUCUCGAGAGGCUGCGUUUACCAAGUGCC